AUGGUGAUGCUUCAGCUUUCCGCCGUAGUCCUCCUCGCGCUCGUUGCCCCCUCCCUGGCCGGGGACGCCGACAUGCUUCAGGACGUCUGCGUCGCCGACUUGGCAUCCCCGAUCAAGCUGAACGGGUUCCCGUGCAAGACGCACAUCACUGCGGACGACUUCUUCUUCGCCGGUCUCAAGAGGUCUGGCAACACCAACAAUGCGGCAGGGUCCAACGUCACGGCGGCAAAUGUACAGUCAUUCCCUGGGGUGAACACGCUUGGCGUGUCCAUGGCACGCAUCGACUACGCGCCCGGAGGCCAGAACCCGCCGCACACCCACCCACGCGCCACGGAGAUCAUCUUCGUCCUUGAGGGAAUUCUGGAGGUGGGCUUCAUCACCACCGCCAACAAGCUCUUCACUAAGACUGACACCGUGGGAGACGUGUUCGUUUUCCCGCGUGGGCUCGUGCACUUCCAGCAGAACAGGGGACGUGGCCCGGCCUCCUUCAUUGCCGGCUUCAACAGCCAGCUCCAGGGUACACAAGUCAUCGCCAACACACUGUUCGCUGCCGCGCCGCCAGUACCGAGCGAUGUGCUGGCCAAGGCCUUCCGGAUCGACAACAGCCAAGUGGACGCUAUCAAGGCCAAGUUCAUGUAG